AUGGCUCAACCGUAUCUUCCAGCUGAGAAAUUUCUCUCCAGAAAGCAGGAUACGAUAUUGCUUGACGAGGAUGUGGUUUACUGGAAACGAAUGCAACAACUCACCGUAUUCCAAGAGCCCUCAGUUGUUAGCUCAGUUCGUAUUUCACCCAAAAAACCGUUCCACGUGGCAACGACCAGCAGCGUUCGGUUGACACUCUAUGACACAGUGGUUUGUGAGCCACUCAAUUUGUUCAGUAGAUUCAAGAAAGGUGUAUGCUCAAUUGAUUUUCGUCAUGACGGAAGACUGCUGGCCAUUGGAGGAGAUGAAGGAAAAGUAAGGAUUUUCGAUGUAGAGAAGACAACUGGAUCUAGCAAAGUUGCACUUCGCGUCAUGCAAGCAUCUCAAUCAACAGUCAAAAGUGUACACUUCUCACCACGCGGUGACACGAUCUUCUCGCUAGCCGACGAUGGAAAAAUAAAGCAAUACCGAGUAGCUGACACUGCUUACGGAGUGAACGCAGUUCCAUUGAUCGAAAUUCAAGCACACGACGACGCAAUAAGAUGUGGAGCGGUGUCGUCUCUAAAUGACCAUAUUGUAUUAACAGGGGGUUAUGAUCAUAAAGUGAGGCUAUGGGAUAUUCGAAGCAAAGAAAAAACUAUGGAGUUGAACUGUGAGCACCCAGUGGAGUCAGUUCUAUUCCUCCCAGGAGAACAACUUAUUGCCACUGCUGCUGGGCCUAUUGUUAAAAUAUGGGAUACCACAACUGGAAGACCACUAACUGUUCUUCAAGCUCAUUACAAAACAGUUACUUCUCUUCGUCUUGCCACAAACUCGACAUGUCUUCUGACCGCUGGAAUUGACAGAAGAGUGAACGCUUUCCGAACUACCAACUACUCCCUGAUUCAUUCAUGGUCAAUGCCAUCUCCAGUCCUCGAUAUUGAUGUCUCCAGAGACGAUCAGACAAUGGCCGUCGGAAUGGGAAAUCUUUUGGCACUCUAUAGAAGAGCUGAGAUCAAAAAAGAAACUACGGCGACGGCUAUGAUUGAAGACAAGCGAUCUUUGGUUAGAACUUCAGCUCCUCCUGUCAAGUUGGCUGAAAAAGAUAGAGAUUCAAGAAAAGUGGAAGUUGUUGCAAAAAAUGCAGAUAAACUGAAGAUUCCCAAAAUCGAUGGAAUGCUUUCCAACUUCAAGCACUCUGGGGUCAUUCGACUACUUUUCAGCGGAAAGUUCCGCUCGAGUGUAGAUGCAGCUGUCGUCAGUUACCUUCGAGUAAUUGUUAUGCGAGGAGCUAUUCAUAGAGCUUUGGCUGGUCAAGAAACUACUGUUCAGAAAAAUCUUUUAAUUUUCCUCAAUCACCAUUUGUUCAGAACAGAGUAUUUCUCUAUCUUGAAAGACGUCACCAUUGCCUUUUUCGAUGUUUAUGCAUCAGACAAGCUGGACAGAGAUGUCUUCAAACAAGUACAACGUCUUAGAGUGACGCUCAGCCGUGAACUUGAAGUUCAGAAGAUGAUCUCUUCUCUGGUUGGAUCCGUUGACUUGAUUGUCUCUACUACCAAAAUCAACAUCAAAUCAACAGCUGAUCUAAUUGAAGACAAUGAUGUAUUCGGAGAGCCGACAAUCAGAGCGAGAGACUUGGAUGAACUAAAACCAUCAAAAGGUGGUCCGGAGGUAGAGGAAGAACCAAUGCAGACUAAUUAA